CUUAUGUUAACUAACUGAUGAUGAAAACCCUAGCGAACGGGUUGAGGAAGUCAGAAUGAAGAGCGGGUUGAAUACAUUUCACAUCUUUAUUGGAUGAACAGUGGGAAAAAUGAGCCACUCCAAAACAUCAGGGCUCAACUGAUCUUCAGCUCAGGCAUCUCUGCACAGCACUUCCACUUUACUGUUAAUCAGCUCGUACACCUCUAUGAUGGGUGACAGGAGGGAGAAACCACAGAGCAGCAGAAAAGGGUCCAACGUCAAGCCGAAGCUUGAAAGCAAGGGCAGCUUAAACCUGGGAACUUCAGAGCAGCGACAUAGGGCUGACAAGCCUAUCAGGAGAAGCCGCAGCAAUGACACGGAGAACCGGCGGCGUGAAGGCAGCCGAGGCAGAGAACGGGACCGAAGAGAUGAAGGAAGAUCACAGCGGGGACGCAGCGAGGAGGGGCGGAGGCGAGGCCACAACCCCGAGCCUGGACACCAAAAGACGGAGCGUCCCAAAGACGACCUGCAAGACACUGAGUGCAUCGUAUGCUUCUGCAACUUCGACAACGUCUUCAAAACCCCAAAGUUACUUUCUUGUGGACACACGUUCUGUCUGGAAUGCCUGGCUCGAAUAAAUGUAAACUCUCCGGAGAUCAAAACUCUGACUUGUCCAAUUUGUAGAGAGGUGACAGAAAUCCGACAUGGCCGAGACCUGCCACAUUUGUUAAAUAACGAAGCCAUUUUUCGGCAACUUCCAAGUGAAAUGCAAAGGGCGCUUUCUGUGCGCUUCAAGCGCAGCAAGGGCAAACUCGUCCUCAAGAAUCCUCCACCAAACAACUCCAUUAAGACCACUUUAAAUCUGCCGGUGUUGAAGAAGAAAGAGGAGCAGGCUGGAAGUAAUGCUAUUGGAACUAUGGAGGAAGGUCUCGGUCAGGCGACUAUGAUCAACGUGGGAAGGCCUCCAAACAGAAUGAGGGGUCGCAUGAGGAGGGUAAUGUACUCCAGUCAGUGCUAUUACGCCGUAGUGGCAGCCAUUAUCGCCAUCACUGUGGCUCUAAUGAUGGUGGGCAUCUUCACCUUUGUGGUGAUGCCUAACUUGCAAAGACCAAUUACCAAGCCAUUACAGAACCAAACUGGAAGCAGUGCGGUUCAAGCUGAUUUUUCGCCUUGAGGGAUGAGGAAACUCAAAACACUUGGGUAGGAUGACUUGCAUAGCAAAACAAGAUUCUUGGAAGCUUUUGCAUUGUAUACAGCACUGCCCUUUUUGUUUGCUUUUGUCUGAGAUGCUUCAGGCAGACUCCAUAGGAAUUAACUGGAAAAACUUGAACGUGAUGCACUCUGUUGUUUGUUGAGCACAGAUAUAUGCAGACAGUUGUUUUAAGAGCAAGAGGGAACAAUGGAACGAUGACAUCCACUCUGACCUAUAAUGAUCUGUAUUGUAAAAGUAUGAAUCAAUGGGGAUUGUUUCGUUAGGGCUGGAAAAUGUUGUACUUUAUUCUUAUAAAAGAACUGUAUAUUUUUCAUGCACCUGAAUGUGCUACUUCUCUAUGGUUUGCGGUAUUAAGAUCGAAGGAUAAAAAUGUGACACCUCAUCAAUGCAAAAAAUAUGCUUCUAAAACUGUACAAGACAACACAAAUGUAAGCUCAUAAAUGUUCUUUGUCAUGUUGGAAACACAUUUAAUACAUGUGUACUAUUCUUUGACUUGUGCUGCACAUAAUGUAUUUUCAUAGUUUUUUAAUCACAUGCACAAACAGGGAAAUGUCACAGUGAAAAUAAUAAUAUACAAAAUAAAUGUUCUUCCAUGUCUAAAAGGAAAAUGAAA